AUUUCAAGUUUUCAGUUGAAUCGGGAUGCGGUGCGACUGAGCGGCCACAAGUUCAGCCAACGCUGUUGAGUUGAGAAUCUCUAUCAAAUUCAUUGACUUUUCAACAAACCCUUUUGUUCCAUUUUUUGGAAAUUCAAAACCUAUCACUCAAAUACUUCCCAUCACUACUUAUCUAUCUUCAUACUUCAUCACAUCUCAGAAAUUUCAGCAUGGCGCCUCGUGCCGGCGACAAGAAGGAUGCACCAAAUCUAAGCAAACUGAUUGCCGAUGCAGAGACGCAGUACGAAGUGGGCAAUCUAGACGAGGCCAUUGCCCUUGCGUCAAAAGCUCUGGAGCUGACGGGAGAGGGCGGUGAUUUCGAACUCAAAGCCUUGAACUUGCUGGGAGUCUUGAAUGUCGAAGAUGGCGAGGUUGAAGAGGCGCGGGACUACUUCCUGCGAGCGAUAAAGCUGGACGAGGAAGGUACUCUAGAUGAGAAGAUUGGUGGUGGGCCUGAAAAGUUUUUGUUUCUAGCUCAGCUGAGUGAGGAGGGCGGCCAGGACAGUGUCCAGUGGUUUGAGCGCGGUGCUUCUGCGCUGCGAAAACAGAUUCAGACUUUGAACGACGUCGCCAACAAGACACCGGAGCAGCAGGCUGCUCUUGAGGAAAUGCAGAGCAAACUCGGUGGCGUCUUGUGUGCUGUUGCUGAGGUGUACAUGACGGAUCUGUCGUGGGAGACUGACGCCGAGCAGCGAUGCGAGGCUCUCAUCACCGAGGCCAUGCUCAUCGCGCCCGAAUACCCCGAGACCUGGCAGACGGUGGCCAACGUGCGCAUCUCACAGGAGAGACUGGACGAGGCCCGCACCGCGUUGAAGCGAAGCCUGGAUCUCUGGCAGGACUUGCCCCCGGAGCACCCCUCAGUGCCAGAGUUCCCGACCAGAGUCAGCCUGGCGCGAUUGCUCAUGGAGACGGAGAUGGAGGAGCAGGCUCUCAGCGUGCUGGAGCGGCUGGUCACGGACGACGAUUCCAGUGUCGAGGUCUGGUAUCUUGGAGGCUGGUGCCUGUACGUUGCGGGCGAGAAGCUGCGCGAGGCGAAGCCCCAGCAGCAGAACGGCACCGAGGGCGCCAGCGAGGAGUGGAAAGCGACGUGGGGAUACGCGCGGAAGUGGCUUACUCAGUCUUUGAAGCUGUACGAGCUGCAGGAAUACGAGGACGACAGAUUGGGUGAGCACGCGGUGGAGCUUUUGCAGAGCAUCAACAAGGAGCUUGGCGAGCCUCCGGAAGGAGAAGACGAGGAGGAGUGGUCUGGCAUUAGCGAUGAUGAAGAUGAGGAUGAUGACGAGGAGAUGCAGGAUUAGAAGUGGACUUAAAAAAAGGGUUUGGCGACAUUGAAUGAAUGGACGGCGUUGGGAUGGAUGCUAUAAAAAAGAAGAUUUGGUUUUUCGACGUUGAGACGUGGGUAAUGGAAAAUAGUGCGUGAGAGCCUUUAGGGAAUAUACUA